ACCAAUUUUAAAAAGUGUGUUUAAUAUGGAAAUGUUGGCCUCUGAAAAGUAUGUCCAUCUAUAUGACUCAAUACUUGGUUGGGGCUAUUUGACUUGAACUACUGGAAAUUGACUUUUCCAUCAUACUCUAAUGUAUUGAGAUGCACCUGUAUGUUCAUAAUAGUUAUAUGUAGUUAUAUCUAUGACUAAAGUGCUAUUUUAUUGCUGUCCUCAGAUCCAAACACAUCUUCUUUGAUUCUAGACUUCAACGCUAUUUAUGAGGAACUCAACUUCACAUACAAUGGCACAAUAGAGUUUAUCCCAGACCCUGAUACGCAGCCCUGCAGCAUCUUCUUCAUCCCAGAUGCAGCGAUGGUUGCUGUCACCACGUUUUACGUGGUCAUCUUUCUGUUGGCCAUUCCUGGAAACCUGGUAGUGGGUCUGGUGAUCGGCCUGACCAAGCAGUCGCUGUCCCCCUCCGACCUCUACCUCCUCCACCUGGCUGUGGCCGACCUCCUGCUGGCCUUUACUCUCCCGUUCUGGGCCACUGCUGUUACAAAAGGUUGGGUGUUUGGAGACGCCAUGUGUAAAAUCGUCACCAUCCUCCAAGAGCUGAGCUUCUACUCCAGCAUUCUCUUCCUGACGUGCAUCAGCAUGGACCGCUACAUGGUGAUUGUGCGAGCUAUGGAGGCGCGCAAAUCCAACAGACAGAUGGUCAGCUGGGGAGUUUGUAUCGCUGUCUGGAUUGUUGGAGCGCUCCUGUCUCUGCCAGGGCUUUUAAAUUCUGCAUCCCAAUCUCAAAACUCCAGUCUGAUAGUGUGUGCUGAACUGUAUGAUCCCGGCAGUGCUGACGUGUGGCGGCUGACCACCAGAAUCCUUCGCCACACUUUGGGUUUUUUAAUCCCCUUGUCCAUCAUGCUGCCCUGUUAUGGAGUAACCAUCCAGCGCCUGCUUCACAUCCGUGGGGGGUUUCAGAAGCAACGAGCCAUGAGAGUGAUUGUGUUCGUGGUGGUCGCCUUCCUGCUCUGUUGGGCGCCGUACCACUUCUCAGUGAUGGCAGACACGUUCUUCAGGGCAAAGAUAGUGCCCUACCAGUGCCCGGCAAGGAUGGUGGUGGAUCAGGUCAUGUUUGCCACCCAGAGUCUGGGGCUGCUUCACAGCUGCGUCAACCCCGUGCUGUAUGCUUUUGUGGGCGAGAAGUUCAGAAAGAGGCUGUUGCAGAUAAUGAGGAAGAUGGGGCUCGUGAAGAGAGCGCCAGUAACGAGAAGCAGCAGGUCUUCACUGUCAUCAGAACUCACGUCCACAUUCAUGUGAGAACACCAGAAAGACACUUUGAACUAUUCACAUACAUUAAUCACAUUGUUUGUACUGCAGGAUCUCACUUGCUGGAGUCGUUUUGAUAUAUAUCUGCAUUUUUUUAAAUCACGAAUAACUCAAUCAGUACAAAAUGAGUUGCCUAGAACACUUCAACAAAUGUGUAAAAAAAACUAACAUUUUUUUUAUUUUUCAUGCAAAUCAUUUCCUCAGUCAUGUUUACUUCUGAGGAAACGUUGGGUAACAUAUUCGUCUAGUUUCAAUUCCAAGUGAUUACAUUUCAACAGAAUGAUAUGUCACAACAAACAGACAAAAAGUCCCCUGAUGAACACCUUGAGGUUGCAACUGCUAUGAAAAUGCUUUGCAGCAAAGUCUGAAAUAUCACACUGAUAUUUUUUCUGAAAGAACAUUUGUCUUCUAGGUCAAGGUGUACUGCAUUUAGUUCACCAGAACCAUACAUCUAUCCUGCACUGUAUUACAUAACUCCAUAUAAUUUUUUUUUAUAGUAAUGUAUAUUUUUCUAAGUUGUUUUGUAUGUAUAUAAAGCUGAAGGCAACAGGUUGUCAUUCAAAUGCCACACAUUUUGUAAUC